AGCUUUUUACGAUCCAAAGUAGAAUAAAAUUGCAAUCAUAUCAAUUAUCGGUACAACAAUAAACGACGCGAGGCUGUUAAACGGCCUUUAUUAUUUGACAUCAACAUUAUUUUUGCAAAAAAAUUAAUGAUGGCUUCUCCAAGUACGAUGAAAUCAACGUAUUCGAUCGAACAUCUGUUAGCUCGUCAUCAUCACCCUCAUUGUCAUUCAUCUUCUUCAUCAUCAGGACUCGGAAACUCCAGAAGUUUCUCCACUGAAGAAAUGCAAAUUGCUGACAUAAAAAUCUCAUCUGCGAAACUGUCACCAAGUAAAAUGGACAGCGAUACGGGCUCAGAGCGAACUUCAAGUCGCGAAGAAUCGGAGUUAAGCGCUGGGGUACAAAACAAAAAUGGCGGACCAGCGAACGCAGCGCGAAUAGAAUUCCUCGCCAGUGACAACAUCAUUCAAGAUUCAGUUACCACAGAUCUUCAAUUUCAUCAAUAUUACAAGAACUUAUUGAGAAACGCAAGUGGAAAUCAAAAACUGGCAUCGUUGUUCUAUCCCAUUCUAGAUCCAAGUUUCGGAGAUGAAAACGACACAUCGAAUGCACGACUUCCCUCAGAGAUAAAAUCAAGUAAUGAAAAGGCUUCAGCAGACAGUGAUUGCCUUUCAGAUUCAACAGACCCAAGAUCUCCACAAGGUGUAUUAUCAAGCACUGAAGGUGGACUGCUAAAAACAAUCCGUGUCAAAAGCGAGAGUUUUCCAGAUGACGAACGCAGUAAUGCUAAAAGUCCAAUUUCCUCAGAUCGUGGCUCGGAAUCCGACCUCCAGCCAGGAGACAUGAAAUCAAAUACAGAUGAAACUUGGAAAACAAACGACAUCACACCAAGUAAAAAUGUCCAUGAAAAUACAACAAUGCCGACAACAUCGACGCAUUUGACGUCGCCAAAAAGCGGAAGUUCAGCCGAAAAGCGUAAGCAACGCCGAUACAGAACAACUUUCUCAGCGUAUCAACUGGAAGAAUUAGAACGUGCCUUUCAAAAAACUCAUUACCCGGACGUGUUUACCAGAGAAGAAUUAGCUAUGAGAGUUGACUUGACGGAAGCAAGAGUACAGGUUUGGUUUCAAAACCGGAGAGCGAAGUGGAGAAAGAGGGAAAAGCAAGGCGGUUUGUUCGGAACACCAUUUGGCGGGAACGGGAUCCUGGGACCUUACCAUCCAUUGCAUCUUUACACGGCUAAUAGAGUUUUAUUAGAUCCUACUUCUAUUCAUCACCCAUUUAUACAUACGUCGGAACACGAAAGAUUUCGUUCAUAUCAUAAUUUUCUUCAAUCUGAUGUCCCCGUGGCAAAAGCACCGAUACCGACGUUUCCCGUGCCGUCUUGGAAUCCGAUAGCUUUUGCUGCCGCUACACUGGCAUUACAAAAACCGAGAAGUCGGGCGUUACAUGACCUUAUUUCCCUAUCUAGAGAAAAAUAUCCUGCAGGAAGAGUGCCAAACAUCUCGACAACGCAUCCGGAUAUUUCACGAAUGCAACAAUUUCAAACCCACGCAACGAACAAUCUACUGUCACCCUCGAGACUCUCUCAAGCGGCAGCUAUGUCGUACAUAAAUCCAAUGGUUCUUCCUCAAAUGUUUGGCAUGCUAUCAAAUAAAAACGCCAACUCAGGAAGCCAUACAGAGGGAAUUGGGUGCAAUAAACCAUCGCCUGAUUUACCUGACUUCAAAUCAACACACCGACGGUCUUUGGAAACCACGGGUAGCUCCCCAGAACUUAUGUCACGUGAAAACGUGUACGAAUUUGUUGCCGGAUCGUCUUUACUCGAAAAAGCAAGAAAAUGAAGUUCAGAAUGGAUUUGUGCAGAAGCAUGCUCCAUAACAGCGCGGUUCCAAUCAUCAAAUUACAAAGUAAAGUUGAAACUUUUUUUUUAUAAUCAAUCAUAUUUUUAACUCACUGCCACUUCCCUGUAGAAUUUAAUCAUUUUGACAAAUGAACAGAAUGUUCUGUGAAACGCAAUACUUUUUUCGCUUUCGCUAAUUAAUUUUAUACUUACAUUCAGCUUAUGUGAUCAUCUUUAUUUUUGAAAUUAAAUGUGUCAACACAUCAGUCAGUUCAAUACAUAAAUUUAUCAGAUUUCAUAUUUGCAAACCACCACGUAAGCCUUGUACACAGGACUAUAAAAUAUGGCUAUAUGUACUGAAUAUAAAUUGCAGCAAAAUAUCAUAAACUUUGACAUGGUUUAGACUAAAUCUUUGGUGUUGAAAUGGGCCUUUCGUGGGAGAGAAAUAAAUCCAUUGCAAUAAAGAGAUUGGGGUUCUAUCUGAAAACAUUACAUUUGCAUACACUGCUAAAAGUGGACGCUUGCUGGAAAUCAUAUAUUAUCGCAUAAUAAAUAUGAAAGUCGAAUAUUCACAGUAGUUCUGUAAAAAAAAAUUUUUGUACAAAAGUCACGUAAUGGGACGGACGGGUGUGAGUUUGCUGUGAGUUUCGCAAAUUACUGCUGUGAUAUAUAUAUCCCUUCAAUAUCCAUUUAGAUCAGGCCUGCACAACGUACGGCCCGCGAGCCUCCCUCUAAGUCUACACCUUUGGAUGCGUCCUGCGACACGACUUGAAAAAAUAUUCACAGAUGUAAUGCUCAGUAAGCGAGCUUUCAUUUAAUGAUUUUACCUCCAUACUUGCGCUUUUAGACAUGCUUUAUCAUAAUGGCUCAUUUGUUGUUAUGCGGAACUUUAUAUGUCAUAA